AUGGCUUCACUCUUUCGCGACUUCUCCUUUGGCGCUCCCUCGCGCCUGCCCGACCACCACCACGCGGAAAGCGCAACCCUCAGCGUGUCACCUACAUCCACAUCGCCAGCACUAUUUCCCGCACGCCUGCCAACGCCCCCUCCGUCGAGCUGCGAUAUCAACGACCUGGCGCAGGCACUCACCAGGCAGACCUUGCGGCUUGUCGUCGACCCCAAAUUCACAGCCGGCAACGAGCCGCUUACGCCCCCAAGCGACGAUGACACCUUUGAGAAACACAUCCCGCUACGGCCCCAGCUCUCAGUCUCCACGGCACGAAUGAACUCUGCGACCCUCCGCAUGCAGCGCCAGGCCAACGUGCGCAUGCAGUCCUCGCUAGCACACAUCAAGGACAUCUCCUCGCUGGUUGAGAAGAUGAUCCAAGUCGACCAGUGCAACGUCUGCGAGCCCAAGUCCAAGCCGUUAGCACCAGCUGCGGUGGCCGACGACGAGGGUGUCAACAUGGACUACACGUCCACGGCUAAAGAGCAGAUGCGCCUCGUGCUGCCGUUUUACCGGGCCGGUGACCGCCUUGACGGCAGUACGAGGGUAUCUAAAAGACCACGUUUGCGGAGGUCGACCGGGUCCAUCUCGAGGCUCGCGAACAAGCACUCGCGGUGA